AUGUACUCCCCACCAAGCAAGAAUGCCAAAUACAAAAGUGAGAUUAACAAUUUUCAACAAUUUGCUGGGGAGUCAGUUAGUGAGUCAUGGGAGCAUUUCAAAAGACUUCUGCAAAAAUGCCCUCACCACGGGAUCCCAAGAUGCAUUCAGAUUGAGACAUACUACAAUGGAUUGGACGACGCCACGCGCUUGGUCAUUGAUGCGUCAGCAAAUGGAAGUAAAGAAGGCAAGGGAUUGAAUGAAUCAGAAUCUUUCACUGCAUUAAAUUUAAAGAUUGAGAAUCUGACGGAUUUGGUUAUGAGGAGUAUGACGCAGCAAAAUGCAGUGCGAGCAUCUGCUGCCAAAGCAAAUGUUAGCAACAUCCAAGGAAUUUUCUGUUCUUCUUGCAAGGGAGAGCAUUAUUUCAAUGAUUGCCCUGGAAACACAGCUUCGGGAGGAAAUAAUGCUAGAACAUCCAAUGCUCCAGCAUAUCAGCAAAAAGGAAACUAUCCCCCAGAAUUUGCUAACCAAGGUCAGGGAGUAGRACCAAGGCCACCUGAAGGAUCAUUUGGAUCUUUGGAGAAUCUGAUGAAGCAGUAUAUGGAAAAGAAUGAUGCCACAGUACAAAGUCAAGCAGCAUCACUAAGGAACCUGGAAAUGCAAGUGGGAUACAUGGUGUCAAAAGACGGAGUCUCAAUAGAUCCAACAGAGGUGGAAGCAGUGACCAAUCAACAUCGUCCAUCUACUGUCAGUGAGGAACUCAACCAAAGGCUGGUUUCAACAGUAGUGCUUCUUGUGCCGUAUGGAACAAGAGAUUUCGUUAUUUAUAGUAGUGAUGCAUCUAAGAAGGGCUAG